CUUGUAAAUUUAUGUAUUGAAUUGUACAAACAACUCCUCUGUUACAGCUCCAGUUUUUAUUCGCAUUCUCAUUUCAAACCCUUUCACACACACAUACAAGUCGUUUAGAUAUUAAUCAUGUCUGACAACGAAGAAGAGUACUACGGCAACGAGUUCAACGACAAUGAGCCUGAUAUGGAAGAGCAGAACCAGGACGAUUCCGCCGAGAUCUUCCUUCCUGACGACAACGUUGAGCCCACACCGACUAGCGAGCGCAUCACCACACCAUACAUGACCAAAUACGAGCGUGCACGUAUUCUGGGCGCGCGCGCGCUGCAGAUCAGCAUGAACGCGCCGGUCAUGGUUGAGCUUGAUGGCGAGAGCGAUCCGUACGAGAUUGCGCUUAAAGAGUUGCGCGCCAAGAAGAUCCCCUUUGUUAUCCGCCGGUACCUCCCUGACCAGAGCUACGAGGACUGGCGCGUGACGGAGCUUAUUGCCGAUUAAGCGUUGGAGAUCAAGCUUGCUUGGUGCAGAACACUUUUCUUGUUUUCUUAUUUCCAAAUUGAUUCAGCACCUUUUAUUCUAUCUUGGCUCCAAGGCACAUUUGACAAGUACAUCAAUAACCACAUUGAAGUACACAAUAAAAGUAAAGUAACAGCA